CACUGGGCAGAAAUCAGAGACAGUAAACGUCCGCAAGGACCAUCUGUCUCCUCUGUUUUAAUUAGACAGUCGGAUUCCCCGAUCUUGUCACUAGUCCAGCAUCAGCGUAAGCAUCAGCCAGCCACGGACGAAACCGCACAAGCAUCAGUUAACAGGCCAACCGACCCAGUCACUGGAGCCAAUCCUUUUCCCGAAGUUACGGAUCUAAUUUGCCGACUUCCCUUACCUACAUUAUUCUAUCGACUAGAGGCUGUUCACCUUGGAGACCUGAUGCGGAUAUCGAGAACACGAGACAUCACAGAAACCGCGAUGCUUUUACGGAAACAACGUCCCUAUCUACGGCUGAACCGAUUCCAGGGAGUCCGUUCCUUAACUAGAGAAGAGAACUCUAGCUCGGUCUCUGAGCGACGUAACCAAGAUCGACUGACCCACAUUCAACUACUGUUCACGUGGAACCCUUCUCCACUUCAGUCUUCAAGGAUCGAACUUAAAUAUUUGCUACUACCACCGAGAUCUGCACUGACGGAAGCUCCAGCUGGGCUCACGCCCAAAGCCUUCGACGCAACCGCCACGUCCCUCCUACUCGUUGCGGCCAGGCGA